UAGAGAGGUCUACCCCGAUCUUCACUCUCUCACUCCCCCUCCCAUCCUCAUUCUGUAUCUCUCCCUGAUCCCACAGUGUAGUAAAGCGGAUGGGCAGCUAAACAAACAGCGGGAUCUUUUCAGAGAAGACACUGACAGAGCUCAGAGCUCAUCGUUUCCCAGCCCCUGUUCCCCGAGACAAGUGGAUUUCAACCAAGUUUUAAAUACUGCAGCAUCAGGACCGCUUAUACUUGACGUCUGCAGCCAGACCUGGCAAGGUGAUCACACCUGAUCUGCUGCACAAGAGGAAGACACUGCCACAGUCUUGUUUAACAGAAGAUUAACUGUGUAGCAGAGAAAGCAGAUUCAUCAGAGAAAACUCCAGCAGCUGUCCUUCAAUUCAAGAUCAGUUUUGAAAAUGUAUCAGGCACCGACUCAGCUAUACCGGAUAUGAGCAAAUAUGGGGACUCUGUUAGACACCAUGACAAGCCAACAGCUUUGACAGCCCAAAAGGAGAUCCCUCAUUCGCAUAUGUGAAAGAUAUUCUGUACUCUCAAUAACAAACUUAUAGAAGAAUUCCACCUUGUUUACCUUUAUUUCAAAACACCCCUUCCUCUCCACUCCAAUCAUGAAAAGUUUGUUGACAGCCCUCUCUCCUUCCUGUACCACUCUCCUCUUCCUUCCCCUUUUCCUUCUCUUAUGCCCACCAGAAUUGGUCAGAGGUGACUGCUGGCUGAUCGAGGGGGAUAAAGGUUAUGUGUGGUUGGCCAUCUGCAGCCAGAACCAGCCACCAUACGAGACAAUCCCACAGCACAUCAACAAUACAGUACAUGACUUGCGGCUUAAUGAGAACAAGAUCAAAGCUAUUUUUUUCACGUCCUUGAGUCGCUUUACCAACCUGACGGACCUCAACCUCACCAAGAAUGAGAUCUCGUACAUCGAAGAUGGUGCUUUUGCAAGCCAAGCAAAUUUACAGGUCCUGCAACUUGGAUAUAACAAGUUAACCAACCUGACAGAAGGCAUGUUGCGAGGUUUGGGACGUAUGCAAUGUCUUUUCUUGCAGCAUAAUCUCAUAGAAGUCAUUGCCACUAAUGCAUUCUGGGAGUGCCCCAGCCUCAGCAACCUGGAUCUGUCAUCGAACAAGCUUGCCCGGCUGGACCCAUCCACUUUCACUGUGUUGGGCAGGCUCAUGGGAUGUGAGCUUGCAGGAAACCCUUUCCACUGCGGAUGUGAGCUCUACAGUUUCCUCAGCUGGUUAGAAGCCUUCAACAAUGUCACACACACCUAUGAUCGACUUCAGUGCGAGACACCACGGGAGUUGUUUGGCUACCCGUUGCUGAGUCCUGUUGCCGGCCAUGGACGGAGUGCUCGCAACAUCCUUUACUCUGUGUGCCGGGAUGGGGUGCUGAUUCCUGGGAUGACAUCUCUGCCACCUGAUCCUGAUUCUUCAGGCAUGGGACCUGACAUUUUUGAGCACAUUGGACCAUAUCAUCAGCCCACAACUUCCUCCUCAUCUGACAAUGCAUUUAGUCCCAGCAUCAAACUGCAACAUGUGUCUCUUUCCUCUGCAUCCCUUCUAAUCCAGAUUCCAAAGCCAUACAGCAAAAUGUACAUCCUGGUGCAGUACAAUCAGAGCUUUGUGUCAGAUGUGAUGAACUUGAAGAAAAAAAAGGAAAUGAUCACCCUUAACAAGCUCAAAGCAAACACCAACUAUACCUUCUGUGUGGCAUCUAUACGCAACUCUCAGCGCUACAACCACACGUGUUUAUACUUUUCUACCCGAGCACCAAAUCCAGACGACUUGAUGCCUCCACCCUCCACGACCACCCACUACAUCAUGACCAUUGUUGGCUGUCUCUUUGGAAUGCUCAUUGUCCUUGGGUUUGUCUAUUACUGCUUACGAAGACGUCGCAGAAAUGAAGAGAAAGAAAAAUCCAUCUGUGUGAAGAAAACCAUUCUGGAAAUGCGAUAUGGCCCAGAGGUGGCAGCAGCAGUUGCAAACGACCCCACAGCUGUUCAGAAACUGCACGAGCAGAGCCACCAUCAGCAUCACCAUGGCAAACUGCCCAUGUCCUCCUCGUCCAGCUCUGCCAUGCUUGGCCAUGGGUCUGCCAACACUAGUUCCUCACGUCUUUCCUCCAUCCCUCAAGUAGAGAAGAUGGCAACUGCUUUCUCUGAGGCCAUGGCCAGUAAGGGCAACUAUAUGGAUAUUAGGACCUCUGUUGGAGGAGAUGAAAGGGGUAGAGAUGGAGCUGUGAUGCAUGGUGUUCGGGAGGAAGACCUCAGGGGGGAUGAUGGAAGUGACUUGGGUGAUGAUUCAGAUGAUGAUGGCCGGGGAUCAGCGUCCGAGAUUUCAACCAUUGCGAUGGAAGUUGACAAGGUCAACCAGAUAAUUAACAACUGUAUUGAUGCCCUCAAGCUGGACUCUAUUGCAGCUUCUUCUGUUUCCAACACAACAAGUGGUCCCACCUCACCCCCACCUACCUCUACCUCCUCCCUGACCAGAGGACUGAUUCCCAUCUCUUCUAGUAUCAGUGAUGCAUGCCACGUCCUGCCUUCCCCAAAAAUCCCUCCCCCACCUCCUCUCCCUUUCUCUGCUCCUCUGUCUGAGAGGCCUGGGAUCACAGGUGGUGGCUUUGUGUCCCCACCAUAUCGUCCACCACCCCCAGCUACUGCAGUGAGGCCUAUUCAAAGACAAAUGAGCGCAGAUGCUGCAGUCAUCACCUCCUCUUCCAAGAGGCACUGCCGCCCUUCCAGUGGGAAAGGGGGUCGUGUUUACAGCCUAGAUGUUCCGGAACCCCACAGCCCAGAUCCCUGCCAUUAUUCAGACAAGGGCAGCCCGUUGGGGUGUGGUGAGCCCCUGGAGAGGCUCCCUUUAGUAGGUAGUGGAGGAGGAGGUGGCUGUAGCAUUGACGGUGGUACUGUAGAUGGGAUGGGCCUUCAGCAACACCUGGAGGUGCACCCAGACUACCACUGCGCAGAGCAUCGUCAUUCAGUCCCUGCCUUAUACUACGAGGGCUCUCAUGACUCCCCGGCCCAAAGGGUCUCUUUUCUCAAGCCUCUGUCACGCACCAAGAGAGACGCUGCUUCCUACUCUCAGCUCUCUCCACGUCACCAAAAUUACUCUGGCUACUCCUCUAGUCCAGAGUACUCCACCGAGAACACCUUGCGCAUCUGGGAGCGCUUUCGUCCCCACAGAAAGGGUCCACGCGAGGAGUCAUGUUACGUAACAGCUGGAAACGCCUUGCGCAAAAAGGUCCAGUUUGCCAAGGGGGAGGACUUGCAUGACAUCCUUGACUACUGGAAGGGUGUGUCAGCACAGCAAAAGCUGUAAUCUAUCAGACUGUGUGGAUACACUGCACAGGUCUCUUUUACUGCCUGAUAAACCAGAAGAGCAGCUCAGUGAGCAAGUUGGGUUAUGGCUGAAGUUUGCAACACAGAGCCAAGUUUGUCAGGGUUUGAGGACAAGUUGUUUAAUUGUUUUUGUACAGUGAGCCAGAAAGAGUAAAAAGAGCCUGAGAAUACACUACAUACAGUACAUAAGAUAACAUUCAGAGAUAUAAUUUGGAGCAUUGUUGUUCUCAGUGAAAAAGGUCCUUAUCAUUUGUCAAUAAUUGAAAUAAUCUGUCAUUUCAUUGUUCAUAUCAAUAGUGCAACCUUAACUAGAAUCCUUAUUAAACCUAAGAGAAUCUCUGUGUGUACUCUCAACCCAUCAAAUCAUUGGUCAUCACAUUAAUUUGUUAGGUGGGAAUGUGUGUUUUAGAAGGAUAAAAUGGAUGUUCUGAUUUUCUUCUAACCUGUCAAAAGCAGUUUCCCUCUUCCAUAUUACAGAGACUGUGCACAGGGCAACCACAUUUACAUUUCAAUAGCACUCCUCAUGUGAAAAAGAGAAAAAGAUAAAAAUGAAACAGAAGAAUCUCCCGGGGGAACCUUGGGAUAGUCAGCCGUGUUUGACAGCUGCUGAGCUGUACUGCUGUGCUGAGCAGGAUGGCAUAAAUAGUGCAAGGGGUUCUAGAGAAAAUAGAUUUACCUGGGUUUGUGGGAAAUGCAUAGAUCUAUGUUAGAGAUUAAAGAGACAUAGUUCUGUAUAUCUCUCAUCUCUGAUGCAUUAUUAAUAGCAUUUUCUUAUUGGAGGUUACCUUGUAUCAAAGCAAGAGCGUAAAGUGUCUGUUGGCAGCAGAGUUUUAUGUAUUCUGUUCUUCUGGUCUUAGGUCAGUUUGUUUAGUCUAUUAAUUGGCUUUUGGAAGCCUAUUGCUGACUCAUUCAACAGGCAAAGUGACCUAUACCCUGGUAUGGCACUUUUAGACUGACACUUUAUAUGGCAUGUUUCUCCAGGCUCUUUUUUUUUUUGUUUGUUUCGUUUUAUUCAUUUAUUUGAGGAAAUUAUUAUCCAUUAUACUGACUUUGAAAGGUAGACAGACAAAAGGAGCAAUAUUUAAUUAAAUAAAAAAAUAAAUCUUUUAAAUUGAAAUGGAUUUCAACGAUGAUAAUAAAACUCCUCUCCCAAAAACACUUAAUCUCAAAUAUAGAUCUCAUAAGAUAAUACAUUAUUAAUGGUAUUUUGAAAAAAUGACAAAUAAUAUUAGCUUCAACACCUCUGUCGUCGAUUAUUUUAUUAAUUCCCAUUGGAUUACACAAACUAAUUAGCAAUUACCAAGGCUAUAUCCUUAAGUGUGCGAGGGUAAGCAGCCAAGACCUCAAAUUUGAUUAAAAGAUCUCUCUCUCUCUCUCUCUCUCUCUGGCAAAUGAGGGUGAGUGUUAGCAUUAGCAAACGUCUUCAUUCAACCCUCUUUAUUCUGCAUCAGGUGUUUUUGUGCCUUCAGUAAAAGGGUCCAUUAUUUGUUAGUAUCACAAACGAGUAAUUGUUGAUGAUUGGCUCAUGUUCUUUACAUCAUAUCAUUUCCCAUAUUUAAAUGGAUUUCAUUGUAAAUACAUGUUCAUACCACUUUUCUUUCCAUAUCUCUUGAUUAAGGUUUUUCAUUGUAAAUAUGUGAUAGAUACCUGCCAACAUUGGACAUACACUCAGGCACAAUGUCUCUUUGGUUCUCUCUUUUCGAGGGCUUUAAAAAAAAAUCCAGUCCAAGGUAUAGGCCUAUGACAAAAGUUGUUUAUAGGAUGCUUUAUGGUUUACAGAAAGAGGGACAGCAGCAGCUAUAACAUAUGUGGAUUAUUAGGGCUCUGUGUGUACUUAAGGAAGACAUUGCACUCAGCUCAUUUAGAGAGAAUGGACCCUAACUGGACAAAUCAUUUUUGGGCAACUGCAAUGGACUCUCAAAGGACUGGUACCGGAGGCUUACUGUGACAUUUUCUUUACUUUAUGAACAUGAUUUUAAAACCUCUUGGACUGGUCUUAAGGAACUAACCAUCAACACUCAAUCAAAAAUGACUGUUCAUUUUUUUAUAACAGUAAAAUCUGAUGCCCAGCUUAAUGUUUUAGACACGUUUUUAUUGUGCCUCCCCUCGUUGACAAAGAAAAAUAGAAAGAAAAAAAGACAUUUUUGCUAUGAAUUCAAGGUUGAAUAACAAAAGAGGGAGUAAUAAUACAAUUGGCAUGGCAUCUGUAAGAUUUGUUAUUUAUUAAUUGUUUAAGAAAAUGUGUAAAUACUGUUUUUCUCUCUUUAUUUUUUUGCUUGGGGAGUAAGACUGAUUCUUCAUGCUGUUAUCUUGCUCAAGGUCAUUCUCCUUCAACUUUCCCUGUUGAAGAAUUAAUGUUCCACCCAUUCUUUCUGGAUAAACAAGCAAAUCAAUUAUUUCAAGUUACGGUAUUUUUAUAUCAGACCUUAAUUCGCACACUAUGUUUAUAAUACAUUCUUUCUUUGAUUUACUUGGCCUUUAAAACUUUGCUUGACAUAUCACAUAUAAAUUACCCAGUUCAGCCAAA